UGGGCUGGCCAAGAGGCGGUGGUUGGAAUGGAGGCAAGCGACAAGAGCGGAAACGGAGGAGGGCUUAACUUGCCGAGAGGAGGAGGGAUGUGGGCGGCUGGUGGACGUACGAGAGUACCGCUAAAGGAAAAUAUUAUUCCGUCGUUGCGGCUCCUCCGAGCGCUAAGGCGUCCUUUCAUCCCCAGCAGCAACGGCGCUGUCUCCACGGCUCGGCGAUCGAGACGACGCCGACGAAGAUGAUGAACAGAUAGCAAAGAAGUGAAGAUGUCGUCCUUUGGCCUCCAUUGUGCCAGGAAGAAAGAGCCAGAGCUGGAGAGGAAGCUGAGGGCCAACGACCGCCAAUACAACCUCUCCUUCAAAUAUGCCACCAAUGCCAUCAAGACCUCCAAGUACAACUUUUUCACCUUCCUACCUCUCAACCUCUUUGAGCAGUUCCAGAGGAUCGCGAAUGCCUACUUUCUCUUCCUGCUGGUGCUCCAGGUGAUUCCCGAGAUCUCGUCGCUGUCCUGGUUCACCACCGUGGUGCCCCUGGCGCUGGUGCUGUCCGUCACCGCUGCCAAGGACGCUACCGAUGACAUCAAUCGCCACCGGAGUGACAAUCACGUCAACAACAGAAAAGUCCAAGUCCUCAUCGAUGGAAAACUGCGCAGCGAGAAGUGGAUGGACGUGCAGGUGGGAGACAUCAUCAAGCUGGAAAACAACCAGUUUGUCACGGCCGACCUUCUCCUGCUGUCCAGCAGUGAACCGCUCAACCUAGUCUACAUUGAGACGGCAGAGCUGGACGGUGAGACCAACCUGAAGGUACGCCAGGCCCUGCCGGCGACGGGGGACCUCGGCGACGACGUCAGCAAGUUGGCGGGCUUUAACGGCGAAGUCCUCUGCGAGGCUCCCAACAAUCGGCUGGACCGCUUCGCGGGGACGCUGGCCUACGCGGGGCAGAAGUACGCCCUGGACAACGAAAAGAUCCUGUUGCGAGGCUGCACCCUGAGGAACACCGAGUGGUGCUUCGGACUGGUGCUCUUUGGAGGUCCCGAAACCAAGCUGAUGCAGAACUGCGGCAAAAGCACUUUCAAAAGGACCAGCGUGGACCGGCUGAUGAACGUCCUCGUUCUCUGCAUCUUUGGCUUCUUGGCGCUCAUGUGUAGCAUCCUGGCCAUGGGCAACUACUGCUGGGAGCUGGGCGAGGGCUCGGCGUUCACCCUCUUCCUGCCCAGGCAGAACGGCCACCGCGCCGCCUUCUCCUCCUUUCUCACUUUCUGGUCCUACGUCAUCAUCCUCAACACGGUGGUGCCCAUUUCGCUCUAUGUCAGCGUGGAGUUCAUCCGCCUGGGCAACAGCUUCUACAUCGACUGGGACCGCGACAUGUACCACUCCCGCAGCGACACCCCCGCCCAGGCGCGCACCACCACGCUGAACGAGGAGCUGGGCCAAAUCAAGUACGUGUUCAGCGACAAGACGGGCACGCUGACGCAAAACAUCAUGACCUUCAACAAGUGCUCCAUCAACGGCAAGACGUACGGCGAUGUUUUGGACCGCACGGGCCAGAGACUGGAGGUGAACGCGCACACGGAGACGGUGGAUUUCUCCUUCAACCCGCUGGCGGACCCCCGCUUCACCUUCCACGAUCACGCCCUGGUGGAGGCCGUUAAGCUGGAGAUCCCCGAGGUGCACGCCUUCUUCCGACUGCUCACCCUCUGCCACACCGUCAUGGCGGAGGAGAAGAAAGAAGGCCAGCUCUCGUACCAGGCCCAAUCGCCCGAUGAGGGCGCCCUGGUCACGGCCGCCAGGAACUUUGGCUUUGUCUUCCGCUCGCGGACGCCCGACAGCGUCUCCGUUGUGGAAAUGGGCCGGCAGCGCACUUACCGACUCUUGGCCAUCCUGGAUUUCAACAAUGUCCGCAAGAGGAUGUCCGUCAUCGUUCGCAGUCCCGAGGGGAAGCUGUCGCUGUACUGCAAGGGAGCCGACACCAUCAUCUACGAGAGGCUUCACCGCUCCUGCGGCAAACUGAUGGACGUCACCACGGAGCACCUCAACGAGUUUGCGGGGGAAGGCCUGCGGACCCUGGCGCUGGCCUACAAAGACCUGGACGAGGACUUUUUCCUGGGCUGGCAACGGCGCCACCACGAGGCCAGCGUGGCGCCGCACCAUCGCGAGGCCAAACUGGAGCAGCUGUACGAGGAGAUCGAGAGCGACCUGCUGCUGCUGGGGGCCACGGCCAUAGAAGACAAGCUGCAGGACGGAGUGCCGCAGACCAUCGAGCAGCUGUCCAAAGCCGACAUCAAAAUCUGGGUUCUCACAGGCGACAAGCAAGAAACGGCGGAAAACAUCGGCUACUCGUGCAACCUGCUGAGCGAGGAGAUGAACGACGUCUUUGUCAUUGGCGGCAACUCGCCGGAGGACGUCAGGCGGGAGCUCAGGAACGCCCGCGAAUGCAUGAAACCCGGUGCCGCCGAGGAUUGUGCAUUUUUGCCGGCGACGACUCUGGGCAAAAGUGCGCGAGCCAUCGCGGAUGAAGCGGUGAACGGCGACUUUGGCCUCGUCAUCAAUGGACACAGUCUGGCACACGCGCUGGACGGCAGCAUGGAGCGGGACUUCCUGCGCACGGCGUGCAUGUGCAAGGCGGUGAUCUGCUGCCGCGUCACGCCGCUGCAGAAGGCGCAGGUGGUGCAGCUGGUCAAGACGUACAAGCGCGCCGUCACGCUGGCCAUCGGCGACGGCGCCAACGACGUCAGUAUGAUCAAAGUGGCACACAUCGGCGUGGGCAUCUCGGGCCAGGAGGGCACGCAGGCGGUUCUGUCCAGCGACUACUCCUUCGCGCAGUUCCGCUUCCUGCAGCGCCUCCUGCUGGUGCACGGCCGCUGGUCCUACCUGCGCAUGUGCAAGUUUCUUCGCUACUUCUUCUACAAGAACUUCACCUUUACCUUUGUCCACUUCUGGUACGCCUUCUUCUGCGGCUUCUCGGCACAGACGGUGUACGACGAGUUGUUCAUCACGCUGUACAAUCUGGUGUACACGGCGUUACCCGUGCUGGGAAUGAGCCUCUUCGAUCAGGACGUGAACGACGCGUGGAGCUUCCAGCACCCUCGGCUGUACGUGCCGGGCCAGCUCAACCUAUAUUUCAGCAAGAUGGCCUUCUUCAAGUGCGCCUUGCACAGCUGCUACAGCUCCCUGGUGCUCUUCUUCAUCCCGUACGCCGCCGUGGCUCAGGCGGCCCGCGCCGACGGCCGGGAUCUGGCCGACCACCAGUCCUUCGCCGUGCUCACGCAGACCUGCCUGCUCUUCGCCGUCACCCUCCAGCUGGGCUUGGAGAUGUCCUACUGGACGGCGGUCAACGGCCUCUUUGUGGUGGGCAGCCUGCUCAUGUACUUUGUCGUCACCUUCACCAUGUACAGCAACGGCCUGUUCCUCGUGCUGCCCUCGGCCUUCCCCUUCAUAGGCACGGCGAGGAACACGCUGAGUCAGCCCAACGUCUGGUUGACCAUUGGCCUCACCUCCAUUUUGUGCAUCCUUCCCGUCGUCACCUAUCGCUUCCUGUUGAUCCUGCUCCGCCCCACCAUCAAUGACAAGGUCAUGUUCAAGGCCCGGCAGGCCAAAGCGUCGCCUCCCCCGCUCCCACGCCGAACCAGAAUCCGCCGCACCAGCUCCCGUCGUUCCGGCUACGCCUUCUCGCACGCGCAGGGCUACGGCGACCUGGUGACGUCGGGCCGCUUCCUGCGGCGUCCCGCCCAGCCCCGCCCCUCGGCUUUAGCCCACGCGGGGCGCGCCGCAUCCGCCUUCAGCCCCCUGGGCCGCUCGGCCGGGUACAGCCCGACGGGGCGCGCCCAGUACGUCAAGGCCCGGGAGGUGGAGGUGACCUCGCUGCAAAUGUACAGGACCGUUGGCGACGACGCUCGCGAGCCCCCGCGGUAAGACCCGAAGAGAUAGAAGGAGUCUGCUUUGUUGUGGCAAAGGAAGCGGGAAUGUGACAAUCAGAAGAGGACCAUGUGUCGGCAAGUUUACAAACUUUCGUUUUGUUUUUUAACUUUGGGAGUGCAAAUGUUCAUGGCAGGGCUGGUGAACCCACACUGUACACACACACGGACGAGAGAAUUUUCGUCACCGAUCUUUGUUGGUAAGCUCCGUCAAUGGCUGACAUGACUCCAAAAUGCCCAUGACAGAUCCUCAAAUGGCCGCAUCAGACCAAAACGGCAGACUUCAUCUUUUCGCACAUAUUUUUGGCGACUUUUUCAUGGGACUAUUCAUGAUUGGCAUGCCUACUAAAUCUAAUUCAGGUUCUACAGCCCUGCUCAUCACAGAUGACAAACAAAGCCAUGUUGCCUUAAAAGCAUUUUGUACUUUUCGACAUCUAUUUUUGUACGUUUCAAGUGAAAAAGACCCACCAAAACUAAAUGGAGGACUUUGUGGUUAUGUGAUUGUCAUUUUUGUUUGGUUUUAGACAUUUUACAUCCUAUCGUCGCCAUGGCUCCUAUCUCAUCCGAUGAUUAAUUGUUGAAAUUCUUUUUUUUUUUUUUGGUCAUCAGGAAAAAGGGCAUUUUACCACGGGUAACUAUCAGAGUUUCAGGACUUGUAGCUGAAGUGAACAACAAAAUGUCUAAAUAUUAUUUGAAAAAAAUUAGACAAUUACAAAAAGUAAAUAAUAUUUCAAGAAAAUGUGUAAUUUUACCAAAAGGAAGACAUUGUCAUAUGAGGCGG